UGUAAAAGCCCGAGAAGUUACGAUUGAUACGCUUUAGCAAAUUUGAAUUUAUAAAAAUACAUAGAUGAUCUAAGUAAUCUAUGAGACUAUUCUACAACGAAUUUAGAUGUUACAUAAUAGGCACUGUUGCUGGUGAAGUCUGGUUAUAUCGGAAAGAUGUCAAAGAUUAAGAGAGAAAACGUUGAACCGAUAAAUGAGCAAGAAAGUCCUGCAACAAAGAAAGUGAAAGUAGAAACAGUUGAUACAGCUUCUGAAAGUAUAGAUGUGAAUGGAGCUGCUCGAAUUAAAUCAAAGGAAGGACACGUCUUAUAUAAGUGUAGACAGUUGAUAUCAAAUAUAAAAAAUUCUUUAGCUAAACAGAAGAAGGACAAAUGUAAAGAAACAUUGGAUAAUUGGAAAAAAGAUUUGGAAGAACUUGAAAAGCAGCUAAUUAUACCAAAAGUGACCAUAGCGGUUGUAGGAGCUACUGGCGCAGGUAAAUCUAGUCUGAUCAAUGCUGUUGUAGAUCAGUUUAGUGUUUUACCAACAUCAGGAACACAAGCAUGUACAUCUGUGGUGGUAAAGAUAGAAAACAAUGAAGAUGGGGAACAGUAUGAAGCAGACAUAGAGUUUUUAUCCAGGGAGGAAUGGCAGAAAGAAUAUGAUGUCUUAAUCAAAGAUAUGACCAAGAAUGAUGGAACAAUGAAGAAUAAUAGACCAGAUGAACAAUCUGAAGCUGGAGUGGCUUUCUUAAAAAUGAGAGCUGUUUAUGGACAGUUCUCAUCUCUAGAUGACUUGAAUGGAGAAAACGACAUCACUUCUCACUUGGGAACAAUGAAACAUUUUAAAUCAAAAACGCUUCCAGAAUUUAGAUGUAAUAUAGAAAAGUAUAUUAUAAGUACUGAGGAAGAAGGACAACACUUAUGGCCAAUCAUAAAGUCAGUGACGAUACGAAUUCCCAAUUUUUUUACUGGGUGUACAUUAGUAGACUUGCCGGGAGUAGGUGAUGCUAAUGCGGCUAGAGAUAGGAUAGCACAAGAACAUUUAGAAAACUGUUCAAACAUACUGGUUGUGGCAGAAGUGCACCGGGCCUUUAGUAAUAAAAUAGCCAAAGAGUUAAUGGGAGAAAGUUUCCGUCGUCAAUUAUUUAUGGAUGGGAACUAUUCUAGUGAUAAUAUAGCAUUUGUAUGUACAAAGAAUGACCACUUGAACUGUACAGAAUUAACAAGGGAGUUAAAACUAGAUAAAAAUGUUGAAAUGAUGUCUCUGAAGAACAAAUCAGAUAAAUUAAAGAAAGCUCUAAAUACCACAGUUUCUGGAAAUGAGAGAUUACAAAUAGAUAAAGACUUGAGCCAAACACAACAGGCUAUGAAAGUUAUAUGUGGAAAAGCACGAUCAGAAAAAGCAAGGAAGCAACUGAAAGAAGAUUACAAGUCAGGACUCAGGGACAUGAAGAGGUUUGCCAAUCAAGGAAUAGAUGAAGACGAUGAAGAUGAUAACGAUGAUAACAAUGAUAACAAUGAUAACAAUGAUGAUAAUCUUAGAGUUUUCUGUGUCAGUUCAAAUGACUAUCAAUGCUUAAAAGAAGUAAAUGAGCCACCAACGGUUUUUGACAAUGUAGAAGACACAGAAAUUCCUAAAUUAAGGAAAUGGAUCUGUGAGAUGGGAGAAAGAAAGAAACAGGCUGCUACAGAGCUUUUGAUGUUUAAUUUAGGUCUUUUUCUAAAUGAAAUAAAAAAUUACCUGACAGAAAAUGAUUUUGAGUUCAAAGACGACUCUGAAAUUGUGAAAUCUGAAGUUGAAAAAGUUUGUGAAGAAUUGCAACAGGAACUACAGAACACCUCAGUAAAACUCCUAUAUGAGUUAAGAAAAGAGAUAUCAAAGACUGAGAACAAUCUGGCAAAGGGUGUUAAAAGUGCCGAGGAAACAGCUGUGGCAGUGUGUAAAAGUUGGGAUGAAUUGUACAAAUGGCAAUCAUACAAGGCUGCAGUCAACAGAUAUGGUGUUUAUAAAUCAAGAUCUGUUGGAGUCGGAGAAAUCGAUUUUAACUACCAAUUAGUCUCUCCAUUGAUCAUAAGUAUUCUGGUUAGGUGGACAGAUUUUUUUAAUAAAGAUUUAUGGAAGAUACUACAUAAUUAUAAUGAUAUCAUUCUGGAUAAAACCAUAAGAGUUUAUAUAAGCAAACUGUCUCUGUCUGACAAAAUGAAAGCUUGUAUACCACCACCACAGCUUGAAAGGUUGAAGGAAAGAAUUAAUGUCAAUGCUUGGCAAAAGUUACAUAAUAGAAUUGAUGAGCUCAAAGACUUUGUGGACAGCAGUCAGAGACAGAUUCAUAGAUUGUCUUCACCAAAAAUUCAGUCAAAAUUGAAACAACUUUAUAAGGAUUGCAGUGCUGAUGAGGGAAAAGGUGUUAUACAAAGAAUGAAGAUGAAUUUGGAAAAGGGGAUAGAUACACAGAGAAAAGAUAUGUUCAAAGAAGUGUCAAAAGAGAUCGUAGCAGAACUAGAAGCUCUGAUGAAAGUAAUAAAAGAAGAUAUUUUAAGUGUAUGUACCAAACUGGUUAGGUCUAUAAAGACGACCUUUGAACCUUUGUGGACGCACAAAGACACACAAGACCUUCGAAAUACAAUAUUUGAUGAUGUAGAUGAAGCUGAUCAAGAACUAACAGCUUUAUGUAACACGUUUGGUAUUAAGCUAGAUUUUGGAUCAGAAACAAGGACUGGAAGGUCAUCACCAACAGCAGGUAGGCCUAAAACUUGCUUCAGUCCAGAGGAUCUUGAUAAAGCUAUUAAACAAUCUGUAGCUGACUACUCUAAGCAGCAUGAUGUUGAAGAAAGAUUGAAGGAGUACUGUAACUUCCAUGGUAUGGAAUUCCUUGGUAGAACACCAGGCAAUGGUAAUUGUUUCUUUGAAGCUAUUUCUUCACAGCUAGACAGACUUCAGUUACCAAGGAAAUCUCCAGAACUUCUGAGACAAGAAGUAACAACCUACUUAAAGAUAAAGCCUACUUACACAGCCAAUGGGGAGCUGGUCAACCUGAAAGAUUUUGUUGAGUUAGAAGGAGAUUUCAUGGAGUAUUGUGAAUCCAUGUCAAAGAACAUGGAGUGGGCAGAUCAUGUGAUAGUUGUUACCAUGGCGAGAAUGUUGGAGCAGAAUAUUAUCAUAGUAACUAGUUCUCCCGAUACAGAUAAAGAUGACAGUUUAGUUUGGGUGAAUGGUGGAGAGGAGUGUAAUGAGAAACUUCCAUUGUUAGUAGGGCAUUACUGGGAAACUCACUAUCAAAGUCUGCAGCCAAAAGAAUCACCGCAGACAUCAGGAAACACAGAAAUGGUUGACCACAUAAAUGACCAAAACACAUCUCAGUGUAAUGAUCUUCCUACAAGAAAGAUUAAUAAAAAGUUUGUUCACUGUAAAGAUGGUUUGGUACCAGGCUCACACUAUAUGGUCUUAGGUCUAUAUGGGGUAAAAAGAAGAAUGAUAUUUGAUGGUGAACAUUUUGUAGAACCUGCAGCUUAUAAUGAUGGAGCCAACAAAAGUUAAGAGGAUGGAUUGAAAUUAAUAGAGGAUAACUUAACAUGAAAUACUUCUGAGACUAGAUUUAACAUUUUAUAAAUUGGCAACAUAAUAGAAUGUCUUUAGAGAUGUUUAUUGUCGUAUAUUCAAGUUAUUUUUCUAUUGAUAUGAAAAUAGUAAAGUAUUAUGGUGUAAAAGGAAUUUUCCAAUAUUUUGGUCCCUUUCCCUCUUAUAUUAUGGUUCAAUGUCUUCCUCAUUGUACACCAGUCGCUGUAAACGAAUUAUUUCAAACAUGUUAUUACAUUAAGAUCCAUGAAAUUGUUAAUGAUAUUUACAGCUGAAAUUAAGAGGGGGUCUCAUUGGGGGGUUCCGAACGGCGAUCCCGGAUCCUGCUUACUGUUUUGUCAGAUUCCCGUAUCCCGCUUACACUAUAUACUUAAGCAAUUGUCAUCUUUUAGUCAUUUCCUGUGUCCCCCAAGACCUCAUUUCCCGUUUUCACGACAGUAAUUUGACUUUUACGGGUCACUCUUACAAAAAUUCCGCAAUCCCGCGUCACACCUAUACCCCAAUGAGACCCACUUAAGAAAACUUUCAUUUUCAUGAAUACAGAAAAUACAUUGUACAUUGAAACAUAGUCAAUUGGCCUGUGUGCUGGCUUUUUUUGUUUUUACAAAAAUGAAUGUCUGAAAUAUACUGAACUGCAGAAGAAACGUCGCAGUAAUUUAAGGCAAACCUAAUGAAAGAAAAAAUGCAACAUUCCUUUAUUAAAUGGGCGUAUAAAUACUCUUGUUAUCUAUCGAAUUCACAUCAUUUUAACAUCAUAUUACAGUUUUAAUUAAUUCAGGUCACCAGUCAAUAGCGUGUGUGUCCGCCAUUAUCGUUGAGUAUGUGGAUGUUCAUUUGUACUGUUUGUUGCAUUGUGGUAAUCACAUAGACGUUAGAUGGUACCUACAUUGCAGUUAAAUGCAUUUGCAACGACUUGAGGUCCCUGUCCAGCAUUCAAACUUCAUAUUGCCUGUUCUAUUUGCCAUGGAUUAAGGCAUGGCAUCAGUACUGCAUCAAACAGAUUGUGAUUGGGCAAAAACUUCCCCCAUUUGAAUACCCUUAUAGAGGCACAGAUUCAAUGUGCAUCUCAUCAUCAUGAAAUUUGACUGUGACUCAUCAUCAUGAAAUUUGACUGUGACUCAUCAUCAUGAAAUUUGACUGCGACUCAUCAUCAUGAAAUUUAACUGCGAUACGUGUCCCACAGACACAGAGAAACCACUAUUAGAGGGCCUGAGUUAAUAAACGCAGUCAGACUUAACGGAGAUAUAAACAUAAUCCUAGCAUAAUUUGAAGGUAAUUUACCUAAACCAAAAAUAAAUGAUUUUUUUUUUCAAUGCAUUUGACAAUUUGAGUUUCUUUUGCGGUUCAGUAUAUAUAUUUUACAAUUUAUCGACUUGAAUAAGAAUUCAGACCUCAGGUACAAAAUGACCUUAAUUCAUAAAAAAAAAAAGUAACUCACUCUGGCCAUUUUAUGCUUUCAGUUACUUAUAUUGAAGGCUUUACCACAAAUCUGAUGAAGUCUAAAACAGUUUUUUGAAGGCAAUAUUCUUCAGAGGCUUAAAAGAUUGAUUGAUUGUUGGUUGCUUAACGUCCAGUGAGAGGCUUAAAAGAAGUAAUUAUUAAGUAAAGGGGGGAGGCUGUCAAAAUGUGUGAUUAUAGAUAAAAGGAUAGGAGGCAUCAUUUUGGAAGAAAGAGUAAACAUAAAAUCUAAGUUCAUUAUUGUUAUAAAUAUAUUAAACAUGUUGUUAGAAUUAUCGAACCAGUAAGCUUUGAAACUGUAAAUAAUGUUACUAUUCUGUAUACAAAUAUAAGAAGCUAUUAAUACUGUUUGACAGAUUAUUUUUAUUGACCUAGUUUUAUAAAUAUUUUAGAGUUUAUGGACAAAAUAUGCCAGUAUCAUGGUUUAUAUUAUGCAAUAUUCAUAACUUACAUUGUUUUUGAAUAACAUUGUUCAUACAUGUACAUACAUAUAUCAAAACAAAAUGAUGCAAUUGAAAUUUAUUUUUGAAAAGAAAUGAAUUAAAAUGGGAAGGCUUUUUAUAAUAUAAAUGUGCAAACUUCAACAGAACAAAUGACCAAAGAAUGAGCCCCAACAGAAGUUGCCUAUCAUCUUAUUGAGCUUAAUUAGAAAUGAAUCAUUGUGUAUAAAUUUUUCUUUUUAUUAUACAUUUCAGCUAAAUUAUGUGUUAGCGAGUUGCAGUUGGAAUUUGUCUCUUUAUAUUGAUUAAUAAGUGAAGAAACUAGCUCAUCCUAGUGAUGAGAUAGGCCCUUUCGGGAUCUGGGAUUUUUUUUUCUUCGAAUUUCAGGAUGAAGGGAUUUUAACCUUUUAAAGUUUGGGACCUCAAGUUUUCUUGUUUUUAAGCCUGGGAUUUCGGGAUCAGGAUCCCUCCUACUCCUUUAAGCUCUCUUUCCUGAUAAAUUUAUUGUUAAAAGAAUAUAUCAACUUCUUUAAACUUACAGUAAAUUAAGGGAACAUGAUGGUAAACAUUAUUUUACACUGUACUUGGUUCAUACUGAAAUAAUUUUACUAUCAAUGAGUUUAAGUAUUUUACCAUUUAUCAGUUUGAAGAGAGAUUAAUUCAAUCUGCAACUUUGUUUAAUUUUACCCUUUUUGUGAAAUGACAAAGACUUUUAAAAAUGUAAUGUAACUGGCAAAGAAACAGGCAGCUAAAAAAUCUGGUAUGUUUUACAAUAAUGUGUUCAUUUUUCUUGCCAACUUGCCCUCUAGUGACGAAUUUUUAAACACUGCUUAAACUGUAUUUGCUUUUAAAAUUGUAUAAAUUAAAUUGUUGUUUAUGGCGUCACCAGAAAAGUAUCAUUAUUAUUUGAUAAAAAAACCUAGCAAUACACUGGAAGUGAAAUUUAUUGAGCAAUAUGAAAUGCAAAACAUUGCCAAUAAAGACCACGAUUCCCUAAACUUAAUGAUGUUUGAAUUUAGACUGAUACAGUACUGAAAUUUUACAAAUACUCUUUUCACUAUUAGCCUAAUUUAUAUAUAUAUUUGAUAGUCAUAAGAGAUCUCUCAUUUAGUUUAAUAUUUUUUUAUUUUUUUUACAAGAAUGUAAUAUAAAUUUUUUAGUAUUUAUAUAAUUUAGAUUUUUAACACUUUACUUAUUAGAAAUAAAUAAUCAUAACACUG